AUGGCGUCGUCACCCAGUCGCUCCUCUUGCAACGUCGUGUCACUGCGCGAUGCCUUGGUCAGAACUCAACAGCUUUACAGUACUUCGCCGAUCAUCUCGGCAGCAAUAGAGGUGUUUCUAAGCAAGACGAGGCGUCUCCAGCACAGCGAUAGCCGCUCUGGUUUAUCAGGCUUUGAACUUGAGUACAGGGAGCUCUGUCGCUGCAUUAGCAAUGCACCUGGAUACGAUUUGCUGCUCACACCGCAAACGAGAGCAAGGAAGGCCAAGAACCGGUACAAUAACAUCUUGCCAUUUGAGAAGACGCGCGUGAAGCUUGCGGACUUGGCAGACGAUUAUAUCAACGCCAAUUACAUUGAUGGAGGCUACAUUGCCUGCGGUGCACCCGUACCUGCUGCGAUUCGAGACUUUUGGCACAUGGUCUGGCAAUGCGACGUAUACGUUGUGCUCAUGCUCACAAAGUUUGUCGAGCAAGCGAGACUGUCGGCUGACAUGUACUGGGACACACAUGUUGACCAGGCAGUGGACUUUGAUGGAGUGUUCGUGAAGCUCAUGGCUGAAAAUGAGAUGCCGUCGAGUCCAAGCAUUGUGGUUAGAGAGUUUAAGGUCUGGAAAGUGGACGACGCGGGACAAGAGAGCGAAAGUCGAGCGAUUCAGCACUUUCAGCUGACGUCGUGGCCGGACCAUGGAGUGCUGCAGAACUACCGAGUUGUUGCUCAACUUCUAGACAGCGUAAACAGCUAUCAACACGAGGCGUCAAGAUUGCAUAAUGUGGAUGCGAGAGUGGUGGUACACUGCAGUGCGGGCGUCGGGCGGUCUGGCACGUUCAUUGCUAUCGACAUUCUAUUGAAGCAACUGAAUCGGGUACUCACCGAAACAAUUAACAGUGAAGAGGAGAGAGCGCAAGCGAUACGGCAUGCAAUGGACAUUCGACGCGUCGUACACCGCCUGCGGUCACAGCGACCUGGUAUGGUACAAACUCCGGAGCAAUAUCGAAUGAUCUACCAGUUUCUAGCUGCCGUGGUUAGUGUCGAACGGCCCUGGUGA